AAUAGAAAAAUCAUCCACAAGUACUUUUUUGUGAAGAAAUUUAUCUGGCGUUGCAUGGAACCCAUCAGACUGGAGAAUGAAGAUCUCUGCUGUGGUAAUAGCUUUCCUGACUAGCGUCUUUUUUGGAAAUAUUUGUUCAGCUAUCAAUGUCACAGUCAUUCCAUCUCCAUUCACUCUGGUGGCCGAGGGAGACAACAUCACCUUGUCCUGUCAGGUGAGUCAGUGUAGCAGGUCAGUGAGCCUGCCCGUGUUGCGUUGGAUGUUCCAGCCCGAGUGGGGAGGAGAGCUGCUUGUGGCAAGGGUGAACAUGAGGAAAGAAAAGUUCUAUGGAAAUUACACCAAGAGCUUCCAGAAGCCUAAAAUGAAACUGACAGUGGUGAAGCAGGGGAGGAUAUAUAACCUCCUCAUCAUGAACAUCACAGAACAAGACAGGGGUCUUUAUAGCUGCAGAGUCCAGGAGUUCAAGAAGCAUCAGAAGCGUUGGAAAGCAUCAACCAACAGCUCAGCCUCCACAAUGCUCAGAGGUGAGACACUGAUCUAG